ACAAAAAAAAAAUAUACGAAAAAAAAUAUAUUUUAUUCCGGACAGCAUUUUUAUUUCGCUCUGUGUGCGUUGUUCGUGUAUAUGCCUUUUAUUAUUUUUUUUGUUUAAAAUAGUCUUUACUUUUUUAUAAUAAAUAAAAAGCAACUCAUGGUUGAUAAUAAAAAUAAUUCCAAUGAAUUAAAGAAGCAUUUUAAUUGAAUAAAGUGAAAGUAACCUCCCAGUGUUGAGUUGAGUUGAAUUGAAUAUAAGCAAAAAAAAAAAGUAGCAAAAUUCCCAUAGAUCAACAGAAGAACCAUGGGAGCUGUGUUGGCAAAAUUCAGAAAAGAGAAGAGCUCGGCAGAUGUCUUGGAGAAACUCGAAACAGAAAUAAAUACAAUUGAAAAAUACUCCAUUAGCACACAAGAAAAGCAGAGGCGAUUGGUUGGAAAUUUUCUAGUCAUAUCCAUCGGAUUGUAUGCGAUUGGAUUUUUUAUUAUAUUCUUUGUUUUCUUUCCGACAACAUGGCCGGAUCGUAUAACAUACUCUGUGCCAUUGCUCGCAUUUCCUUUGAUAAUAUUUCUAGUAAGAAGAUUACUGGCAUGGUUUUUCCAAAGAAAAAUCAACAAAAAUCAAACGAAAUUAGUAAAACUGCGAGCUGAAAAAAAGAAAAUUUUAGAACAAGUUAUGGAAAAGGAAACAUACAAUGUUGCAUCAAAACUUCUCAGCAAAUAUGGAGGAGACAAAUCUUACGGAAUCAAAUCAUUAACAACAACUGCUCCCACACCACAGCAAAACAAAUCACAAACAACGGAAAAUCGAAUUCUUAAUCUCAAUAGCAGCCUAGCUGCUCUAUCAAAUCGCCCAGGUGGCGGUGGUCCAGGCCAGACAUUCGGUAGUCAAGUGGCAAUAAAUCAAUCACUGCUCUCAGCUGCUGCUAAUAACGGAAGCCAGUCAACAAUCAGUCCUCUGACACCUCGUUCUACCACAACACAGCACACAAGUGGCGCUCUUCGAUACAGAGGAGUUGCUACACCUGCACGUAGUAAUGCACUUGCGUUGCCAAAUACACGGCCAUAUCCGAUUAUCAAUCAGAAGUCACAGGGCUUACUCGAAAAAAUGGUCGAUUACUUAAUCGGUGAUGGUCCACAGAAUCGUUAUGCUUUGAUUUGUAAAGAAUGUUUUGCUCAUAAUGGAAUGGCACGACAAGAAGAUUUCGAUUAUGCAACAUUCCGAUGUGCAUUUUGUAACGAACUUAAUCCAUCUCGAAAGUCACGACCGGUGGCGCCGAAACUUACCAGCGGCAUGAGUCCGCUACACAACCGAAUGAUUGCAUUUCAAGCGAGAAACAGUGGCUCGUCGUCAGAAUCAAGCGAUGAUUCAGAUGUUCCACGACGAAUUGAGAAUAUUACAUCACAGAAAGUUCCAGAGCAAACAGCUGCCGAGAAGAAGGAACAAGAAUUAGAAUCAGAAAAUAAUAAUCAAUAUUCAAAUACGAACGGAUCGUCACUUCCGAGUGAAGAGCAUGAAUCCAAACCAUCAAGCGAAACAGAAACAGAAAAACCAAGUCUUGAAGAAGAAGCUGAAAAAAUCCCAGAAGUAGAAGAAGCAAUCAAGGAGAGCGAGACUAAACAAUAAUUUAUUAAUUAUAUAUAUUUUUAAACUUAAUAAUGUUAUGCAUACUAUUAUUUUAAAUAUUAUUAUAUCGUUCAA